AUGCACAUCAAGUAUGUACGAAUUCAUGGGUUCAAAUCGUACAGAGAGAAGACGAUUUGCGGUCCGUUGAGCCCACUACAUAAUAGCAUUGUAGGGUACAAUGGCUCUGGUAAAAGCAACUUUUUUGCAGCACUCCGGUUCGUGCUUAGUGAUGCUUAUUCCAAUAUGCGACCAGAUGAACGAGCGAAAUUGCUAAAUGAAGGAGCUGGUGCUAACAUUGUCAACGCCUACGUGGAGAUCGUUUUCGACAACUCGGACCAUAGGAUAGACAAUGAAAAAGAUGAGGUCACGAUCAAACGUAUGAUUGGGCUAAAGAAGGAUGAAUACUUUGUCGAUCAAAAGCAUGUGACCAAACAAGAUAUUGCAAACAUGCUGGAAACUGCUGGAUUUUCGAAAUCAAACCCGUACUAUAUCGUCGAGCAGGGCAAGGUGACGAAGAUUACCGAGAUGCAAGAUAAAGAGCGCUUGGCGCUUUUGAAGGAGGUUGCGGGAACGAACGUGUACGAAGAGAAGAAAGCCGAGUCUGAAAAGAUCAUGAAAGAGUCUGACGCGAAAAUGACGGAGAUCAACAAGGUUCUUUUGGCGAAUCGUCAAAGUAUCGAACGAGAACUUGAGUCUCUUUCAAAGCGACUUGAAAUGCUAGAGAAAGAACAGGUUCUAUUGGAGCCUCUUAUGGUUUUAAUGUAA